GAUUCAUUCUCAAAUCUCUAGCUCUAGCAGCAGCAGUACAAAAAACUAAAUCAAAUACAGUAUUAAUCUCCAGUUUUGGCAAAAAAAAAGUUGUAAUAUUUUCCUAAUAAUAGUAAAACAAGUGAAAUAAUCUGAAAAAAAUUUAAAAUGGCUGAAAAUAACAAUAAUUCUAACCACAAUCUGGAGACGAAGAGCUCGCUACAGCUAAAUGAGUCGUUCAGCGAAAUGUUAAAAAAUGAACCACUGACCCAGGAGGAACUGUCAACCAUUUUUGACAUUAAAGAAACGGAGCCUGAAAAGUUGCAAACGGCAAUUGAUUUGGGAGUAGAAGAAGGAGUUUUGUUGAUGGUUGAUGGCAAAUACUAUAUUCCGAUGCAACAUUUGCGCAUUGCUUCGGGUAACGAGGACAGCGAAGACUCUAAACCUGAUAAUGAUGAUGACGAUGAAGACGAUAAUGAUGAUCAUCAAGAGGAAUCGAUUGGGGAUUUGAAUAAAAACCAAUCCAAAGAAUUCUAACCAGGAAAACCCCAAAUGCUCCCCAAAAAAACCCAAAAAAAAAAUCGUUUCGUUCAAAAGAAGUUCCAUUUACUCAGAAUAGCCAAAGAACUACCCAAGGUCCUCGAAGAAGAAUUGCAAGACAAGAUGCGAAGAAUUUCCGGAAAAAAAAACACAUGGACUUGGCAUACGGAUUAGGACUUCUUAUUAUUAUUAUAUAACGUUUAUUUUUACCAAUUUUGGAGGUGGACCGAAACAAGGAGGCGGUUUAAACUGCAUAUUCAUAGAUUUCUAUGCAACAUGGUCUUGAUACUUUCAAAAAUUGUUUUGCAUUC